GAAAACAUGUCGUCUCGAUCUGCAUUACAAUCUGGGAACGACAGGAGCGCAGGGGAACAUCAUGUGCCACUCGGUGCCAGCCGCUCAGACAAGGCCACAAGCCAGUCCAGCCGCUCUUUGGGUGCACGGUGCAGGAACUCCAUCGCUUCCUGCUCAGAUGAGCAGCCACACAUUGGGAACUACCGUCUGCUCAAGACUAUUGGCAAGGGUAACUUUGCCAAAGUAAAGCUGGGCCGCCACAUCCUAACGGGCAGGGAGGUUGCUAUAAAGAUCAUUGACAAAACCCAGCUGAACCCUACUAGUCUAACAAAGCUUUUUCGGGAAGUACGGAUCAUGAAAGGCUUAAAUCACCCUAACAUAGUGAAGCUGUUUGAGGUGUUAGAGACGGAAAAGACCCUUUACCUAGUGAUGGAGUAUGCCAGUGGAGGUGAAGUAUUUGACUACCUCGUGUCCCAUGGGAGAAUGAAGGAGGUUGAAGCCAGAGCCAAAUUUCGACAGAUUGUCUCUGCUGUCCACUACUGCCACACAAAGAACAUUGUCCACCGAGAUCUGAAGGCGGAGAACCUUCUGCUGGACGCCGACGCCAACAUCAAGAUUGCUGAUUUCGGCUUCAGCAACGAGUUCACGCUGGGGAACAAGCUGGACACGUUCUGUGGCUCGCCACCCUAUGCUGCACCUGAGCUUUUCCAGGGAAAGAAGUACGACGGGCCUGAGGUGGAUGUCUGGAGCCUGGGAGUAAUCCUCUACACGCUGGUCAGCGGCUCUCUGCCAUUCGAUGGUCAGAAUCUAAAGGAACUUAGGGAGCGCGUGCUGAGAGGAAAGUACCGUGUGCCCUUCUACAUGUCAACCGACUGUGAGGCAAUCAUUCGGCGAUUUCUGGUGCUCAACCCAGCCAAGCGCUGGACGCUGGAGCAAGUCAUGAAGGAAAAAUGGAUAAAUGCAGGGUACGAGGGGGAUGAGCUGAAACCACAUAUUGAACCGGUGGAGGACUACAGUGAUCCCGCUCGCAUCGAGCUAAUGGUGGGGAUGGGCUUCACCCCUGAAGAAAUCAAAGAUGCUCUGCUCAAUCAGAAAUACAACGAGGUCACCGCCACCUACCUACUGCUGGGUCGAAAAGGCGAUGAGAGCAAUGAGGCUCGCACUGCUAGCACACUGUCUCUGGCCAGGGUCCGACCCAGCCCUAUCACCAACGGGACAAACAAACACUCCUCUGUCACUGGCUCCUCCUCCUCCUCCACCUCCUCCUCUCAUAGCAAGUCGCAGCGCAGCGCCUCCACCUACCACAGACAGCGGCGACACAGCGACUUCUUCCUCCACAACAAAGGCGGGCCUUCCAUGCCCGUCAUGCACCCCAAGAGGAGCCCGACCAGCACUGGGGACCGCGAGCUGCGUGAGGGCCGGAUGCCGUCACGUAAAGCCAGCUGCAGUGUGAUGGGAAGCCAUAGCCUCCCCCCCUCCAGCCCCAUGGUUAGCAGUGCCAACAACCCCAACAAGUCUGAGAUCCCAGACCGCCGCAAAGACAUGACUGCCACCACGAAUAACAUCCCUGGAAGCACCAUGACCCGUCGGAAUACAUACGUGUGCACAGAUCGCUCGGGGGCUGACAGACACUCUCUCCUGCAGAACGGCAAAGAGAACAGUUCUCUGGGCCACCGCAUGCCCACAGCAUCUCCUUCCACGCUCAGCAUGGCUGGAGCUGGGGCAGCUUCCUCUUCUUCCUCAUCGGACCGAUGUCGCCUGACCCGAGGCUCCACAAUCCGCAGCACCUUCCAUGGUGGACAGCUGAGGGAUCGCGGCCCCCCAGUCUACUCUGCCCCGCCCACAUCACCCACUCUGUCCCACCAUGAUGCCAGCCCCCUCCCCCAUGCACGCACCAGGGCAACCUCCAACCUUUUCACCAAGCUGACCUCCAAACUCACACGCAGGGUCACAAAUGAAUCUGAGGGAAUCAGGAGAUUUGCGGUCACAAGUUGCCAUCUACCUGGGUAUCAAAAAGCGCCCGAGCCCCGGGCCGUCGGACGUGGCUGGAAUCUGAGAGGUGGUGGGCGUCGGGACCCUGCAGAGGUGGUAUUGGCUCUGCAGGAGGCAGCGCUCGGAUGUGGCUGCCAGGUCCACCAUUCCGGCCCCUUUCUGCUCUCCUGCACCCAUGGUGUGGCAGGGGGCCGUGUGGCUUUUGAGGCCGAGGUGUGCCAUCUAUCCACAGGCACCUCAGAGACUUCUAACGGAGUACGCUACACGCGGCUCUGGGGGGCACCACUAACUUUUCGAGACAUCGCUACCCAAAUCUCAAAGGACCUUGAGCUUUGAGCCAGAGGCAGUGUGUGUGCUUGAAAGUGUGCUAUGUGGGUUUAUAUGUGUGCAUCUGGAGAACUGAAGAAGGAAAGAGGUAAUAGAUGGGGCAAGGGGCUGGACCCUUUCAAGAAUCGCCCUCUGCACACACACACACACACAUAGACUCACAUACCCCUGAGCAAUGAGGUAGACCUGACCGAAGCACCCCACCGUCCACCCAAUCACCGCAAGCGGCUUAGCAGCCUCCUCACUGAGCUGCUAUGACUACUGGAUCUGUAUCAAAUGAAAUCUAGUUGAAUAUUUUUAUUGCUACUCCUAGCCAUAAUGACUCUUUAUUUUGUUAUGCUCUGAUCGUUGUUUUACCCACCAUCACCAUUAUCUCCCCUCAGAUUUUAAGCCUCACUGUCCACCCAGUACUUUUCAAGCUCUUUCUAUAUGAUAUUCCCAGUCACUGUCAUCCUAUUUCAUCCAUUUGGAUCACCUGGGGACAGUCACACAGGUGACAACAUGUCUGAUUGAGUUAUCCAGUGGAAAAUGAAGGGUUGCAUUGCAUUGUUUCAUGCACAGACUUCUCAGACUUCAUUGGGUUAAGAUCAAUUGAAGUCUGACAAUUAAUCAGAGGCUAUUGUGGGGUAACAACAGCCAAUCAGUUAGGCUCUCUAAGUCAGAUAAGCCGAGAAGAUGUUUAAGAUCAUCAACUUGUUGAAGCAGAAUGGCUACUGGACAGCCAAUAUGAGAUUCUCCCGGGAUGAAAACGUUUUAUUAAAAUACCACAACAUCAGUAUAAAAAACAAAGAUCUUAAAAGAAAAAUGAAA